AUGAGCCACCAUCCACCACCGCGGCCGCUGCCACCACGCCUAAUUCUCCACCGGACUACCCCUGAAAUCCUAAAGCAAACCACCACCUCCAUGUUCUCCACCGGCCAAAACCUCCUUAUCUUUCUCGUUCUUUUCUUCUGUUUAUUUUCUCUACGCGUUAACGUCGAAACAACUACUCAUUUCCUCACUUCAUUAAUUGAUAACAACCCUUCCAUAAAAUCCUUCAUCAAUCGAGAAAACGUCCCUCCCAAUCCUAACUCCCCUACCUCCACCAUCACCACCACCAGCUGCCGCCGCCACUUCCUCCAGCUCAGCCGUGUCGGAUCGCGGAUUCUAGUUAGUGAUUUCUCCUCAGGUGACGACGAGUCCGAUCACAAAGUAAACGCCACCUCAUUCAUACUUUACUCCUUCGAUCUACAACUGGAGAGCUCCAAUUUCGUAUUCGGUAACGGAAUUAGAGUGUCUGGAAUUGUCCGUUCUACUGCUAAGAUGACUUUCAGAUCAAUCAAGAUCACACAGAAAGAAGAAAACGUAGGCAUUGAUAAAGUCAAUGAUUCUGCACCUUUUAACGAAACCCACUUUCAGUCUUUCUUGAAGAGGUUCCACCUCGAACACCAUCAAUUUACUGCAAUAAUGAUUCUCAUUCUUGCUUUUGCUGCUUCAUACUGGUUUAUGGUUCAUGUAUUCGUUGGUACUUAUACAAAGAUUCAUGGGAUUAUAUUCGUAUUGGUUCUUAAUGAUUUCUGUAACAGACGCAAGUCUUUCUAUGUGACUUUCUCUAGUGGUUCGUUUUUGGGUGUGGAAAGAUUGUCUCGCAGCUUCAUUGCAAGGAGAUGGGUAUUCAGGGACGUUUUCAUUCAACUCAUGUACUUCUGGUUCUUAGGAGGAAUAGACAAUCCAUAUUCCCAAUUAAAGAUCUUUAUUAGGUCAACGUUCAUGCCAUUUUCAAUCAUGUCCCCUUGGGAUAAAGGUUUUGAGAAGGAGAUUUUUGGCUUCAUGGCAUCCUGUUUCUUAAUGGACAUGCUCAUUUGUUUUGUAUUUGAUAUGGGUGCUUGGAUAGUUAUGGCGGAUUCAAGAAAGAAUGUGAAACAAGUUGUGAAGGAAGGUUGCUAUAUGGUGUCAUUAAUGAUUGGACCCGCCAUUGAACUCAAGUGUUAUGAAUGUAUAGUUUGUGUACUUACACGAUCUUUUGGCCUAUUGUUUGCUAUAGCGAUCCAGUCUUUCAUGGAGGUUUACUUCAUGGUUGCAUGGCUGUUGUAUUACUUGUCUGUGAAGUCCAUUCAUGCUAAUUCUAGUGGUCAACCAUUUGGUCAACGAGAGAUUGAAGCCAUGCUUAGAGAUGUUAGAGUUUAG